AUGCGGAUUUUCUUUGCCUUUAUUGGCCUUGUUUUUGGGCGCUUCAACACAGGGAUCCUCUACGAUCGUCUGCUGAAAGGCUGGAGCUAUGUUCUCGACAUGAAUCAAACAGGUUGCACCAUGGAUUAUAAUGAAGCAGUUGAAGCAUUCGAGGAGCAUCCUUGGGAUUCAGAACUUGUGCCAGACGAGUGCGUCAAAUACAUUAGAGAUGAAUCAGAAGCAGCGAACCCGAGCAGAAUUCCGACUGCGUUUACGGAUUCACCGAUGCCCAUGGAAAUGGACGUCACUCUAGAGCAAUUUCAUGGAAUCAACGCGAGGGAGCAACGAGUGUACUUCACUGCUAUAAUGGACUUUACUUGGCGAGACGACUUUCUACAUUGGAGACCAAGUCUGAACAACGGCAUCAAACACGUGAUCAUCGCCCCGGAUAAAAUUUGGACGCCGGAUGUAGUUUUGAUCGACAAUCUAUCCGACGACUUCGACAAAAAGUACCAAGCAGGAGUGACAGUCGCCUACGAUGGAACAUGCCACUGGGUAACGAUAGUUAAUUUCGAGGCUGGCUGCGUUUUCGACAUGACCUUUUUUCCGUACGAUACUCAGGCUUGUCCUUUGACCUUCGGGCCCUGGACGUAUUCAAGCAGAGAUAUUUCGUUUCGAAUCAAAACUCCGACGAAUAAUAUAACUGGUCCUGGUCAGACAGGACAAAUGCUUGUUAGCCCAAUGAAACCGAAUUCAACGGAAUGGAAUAUUCUCAGUACGAAUGGAAUUAUGAGGGAACUGAAAUAUCCUUGUUGCGAAGACGAGUUCCCAGAAAUCAUCUACGAAAUAGUUUUCGAGCGGUACACUCUCUUGCCCACCCUUUCCAUCGUCGUUCCCUGCAUUUUGACGGUAAUCCUGAUCAUUCUCGGCUUCUUCCUGCCCCCCGAUGCUGGCGAAAAAAUUGGCCUAAAUAUUACGAUUAUGCUUGCUUUGGUCGUUUUUAUGGACCAGUUGACUCAGCAAAUUCCACCGAUGCCGUCCAAGACACCUCUGAUCGGUCAGUUUUUCGUCGCUUCUCUUGUUCUUGUUCUAUCAAUCGUCCCGAAAAUAAGUAUAAAAGUCCGUUACAAGAUAAGAUGCGUUUUUAUCGAUUCCUUGCCAAAAAUUCUUUUUACCUUGGGCCCUCCACCUGAUCGUCCACAAGAAAAGAGCCAUGAAGAAGAAACUGCCAAAGCUGAAGAAAUCAACAAAUUCGUCGACGAAGUAAAAACCCCCACUGAACGUCUUUUGAUGGAGAUUCUAAAAGAGCUCGCUUGCAUUAACAAAGCCACUAUGGAUGGAGACCUUGGCGCGGCGUACGAAGAAGAGUGGAGAUACGCUGCGACUGUAUUCGACCGAGUAAUGGCGUAUUUUUACAUUUUGGCGCUGAUUGUCUUGCUUCUCAGCACCGUGUUGACUCGCUUCUGGAGAGACACCAGUCCCGUAACUUCUGUUUGA